UCUAAAAAAUCUAUAUCAAUGUUGGUGGGAAAUAGAAGUAGAGAUGAAGUUUAUACUUCUGAAUUCACUUCUCUUCUCCUCAACCAGUUUCCGGCCAGUACUAAUCUUCUUAUUGUUGACUCCAAUCUCGCCGCUUUAAUCUAUAUGAGAAACCUCAUCAAACGAAUUGGCUAUGAAGUGACGAUUGAGCAGGAUGCGGAGAAAGCUCUUUCGUUCUUGACGAGCUGCAAACAUGACAUCAACAUUGUGAUUUGGGAAUAUCAUAUGCCUGGAAUUAAUGGACUUCAAGCUCUCAAGAGCAUUGCUUCAAAGAUGGAUUUGCCUGUGAUGAUUAUGUCUGAUGAUAACCAAACAGAAUCGGUGAUGAAAGCAACACUCCAUGGUGCUUGUGACUAUGUUAUGAAACCGGUUGGAGAAGAUGUGUUAGCCAACAUAUGGCAACACAUUGUCCGCAAGAAGGUGAUGUCUAAACCCAACAUAACUCCACCAGUUCAGUCAGAUCUGGCUCAGUCUUAUGGUUUCAACCAAGGUCAAGUUGGUUCCAUGUUCGUAGAGCAAUAUCAAAACAUCUAUCAGACAGAAGAGAGAGCUGCAAUAAGAGAAUGGUCCGGAGAAAUCCAACCGGUUCAAUCAGAUCUGGUUCAUGAGAUCAAUGUCGUAGACCAACACAACGAGUAUUUCAAAACCAUCAACCAAGGUAAUGACCAACAAAACAUCGAGAGAGCAGCUACGAGACCAGGUAUAACAUGGAAUGGAGAAACCCAACCAGUUCAAUCAGAUCUGGUUCAGAUCAAUGUCGUCGACCAACGCACCGAGUAUUUCAAAACCAUAUGCCGCCGAUCUAUUGGCCAAGAAAACAUCGAGAGAGCGGCUACGAUACCAGGUAUGACAUGGAAUGGAGAAAUGCAACCAUUUCAACCAGAUCUGGUUCAGAUGAACGAGUACUUAUACCAACACAACGACUACUCCCAGACCAUAAACCAAGGUAAUGGCCAGCAAAGUGUUGCCAAGAAUGAUGAGCAGGCAGCCAAGAAACCGCGUGUGCUAUGGGAUGCUGAAGAAAUCCAAUAUGCUCCGACAGAUCUUGUUCAGACCGAUGGUUUCAACAAUGGUAACAGCGUACGAAACACCACAAGGAGAGUGGAGAGAAAGAAGAGGAGACAGCGGAUGAUAUGGACCGAAGAUCUUCACCAGAAAUUUCUUGAAGCCAUCGACAUGGUUGGGGGAAUUAACAAAGCUAAUCCAAAGGUACUUCUCGACUGCUUGCGAGGAAUGAAUAUCAAAGGACUCACAAGAAACAAUUUGUCUAGUCAUCUUCAGAAACACCGUAUCUAUCUUGAAGAGAACCAAAUCAAUCAACAGAAGAAAGAGACUGGUUGGUCCACUGCGUAUGGAGCUGCAGCGCUUCCUCAAUCUUUCCAAGGUGCAAACAACGUCAACGCAGCCAUAUCACCAUACCUUAUGAAUGGUCCAGGGCCCGUGAACCCGAUCCAGUGGAAUCAAUACCAAAAGCGAGCAGUGAACCCGAUCCAGCAGAACCAGCUUCAAAAGGGAGCAGUGAACCCGAACCAGCAGAACCAGUUUCAGAAGGGAGCAGUGAACCCGAACCAGCAGUACCAGCAGAACCAGCAGUACCAGGAGAACGAGCAGAACCAGUUUCAAGAUGGCUACAUGACGAUGAACACGAACCCGUUCAUAACCAAUGCUGUGUCUCAUUUUCCCAAUCUUGACCAUGAAAUCCACCAGCCUCAACAGCAGCAGUAUCAGCCAUCUCCUCAGUUUAAUUACGGGAUGAGCAAUGAAGAACCUGGACAAGCCUCUGACAUCUUUGCACCGGAUCUUGGACUCACUUAUCCAAGUUUCCCAUAUAUGUGAGAUCCAGUUCGUUCGAGCCAAGGGCUACAACAUUUUCAUCAAUCAUGCGAUGUGGCCUUCUUUAUCCUUUAAGGCUCUCGUUUUUUUUUUUUCUUUUAAGACAUCCUUAUUAUCCUGUCUCCUUGUUAUCCUGUCUAUGUAGGGAGAUUAUUUAUUUUAUUGGGAAUUUGUAUUUUGGAUGUUUUGAGAGAGUAAUAUUGUGACUUCCCUUGUUUAGUCA